AUGAAUACCGAAUCUAGAACUCGUAUUUCCACUGGAUCUGUUGAAAAAACAGCAGAUGAAGAAGGUGGUGAUUCUACUGCAAGUGGUUAUCAUUCUAAUGCGGUAAAAUCCACAGAGACUGCAAGAAAUGAUACAGCAACAUCUUCUACAGCCUUAUUUGCCGAAGAAACGGCAGCACCUAUUACACCACCUCCAUAUCAACGAAGUGAUUCGACAAACUUUCACUUUGGCGAAAAUAAUGUAGCUCUCACAAGUGGAAGAUCAUUUAGUGAAGGAACUGGAAAUAAUUUCCACCCCGGAAAUCAAUGGCAUUAUGCCAUGACCCCACCACCGCAAAGACACUCAGAUCCAGAGAUGUGUUGUACCUGCGGUAGAUUAUCAUCACACUGCUCCUCAUUAGAUACAUGGCCUUUGGCUCAAACUUCUUCCGCAGCGACGGAAGGGGCAAAAUCUGCUCCUUCUAAUAUGACUGGUAGUGGUGGUGUUCGAAAUCCAUGGGAUGCGAAUGGGUAUGCUGGUUUAUACUCUGGAUCAUUGCCUUCUUCUUUUGAGGGAACAGGAAGAAUGGCAUGUUCUGUAAUGGCACCACCGCGUUCUUUUAGCAGUACAGGUAGUUGCGGUACGGGGAAUACACGAAUGCGUUUUCGUUCCCUGUUGCAACCAUUAUCAUCUAUUCAUGAUCCAGGUGCAGCUUGCGCCGUACGAGAACAAAAUCGUAAUGCUAUCAUUGCUGAAUUAGAGCGACAAAAAGAAUCUUUAAAACGUCAAUUGGCACAAUUGCGUAGGGAAUUAUCAUUCAACAAUAUAUUUUCUCUUGUGCGAGCAAGUAAUGCUUCACAACUGCAAUAUCUUCUUGAGAAAAAGUUGUGUAAUGUUAAUGAACGAGACUAUAAUGGAGGUACACCCUUACAUGUUGCAGCAUUUGAAGGUAAUGAAGCUAUUGUACGUGUUUUAGUAUCUUUUGGGGCAGAUAUUAUGGCAAUGGAUAAUAUGGGACGUACACCACUUGACUGGGCAGCAGCUAAUAGACAUAGUAGUGUUUGUCGAUAUUUAUUAGCCUUAACAAAAAGAAAUCUUUCGGUAUUUGAAAGACAACAACAAAGAGCAUCCGUUAGUGAUUUAUUAUCACGGAGUGAUAGAAAUGCUACUCGUAUUUGCACAUUAUCUCCUAAUGGUGAAUCCCUUCCUACUGCAUAUUCGUCCACACAACGUCGAUGGUCUCCUUCUCAUCUAGGUUUACCUCUAUCGACAACAGCUGCUAUGGAAUAUUCAACUGAACAAUCAAAUGAACUCACUUCCAAAUAUGUAUUGGCAGCCCUUCCCCCAGAUGUAAAUGCAGAACUGCGAUCACAGGCUGUAGCAGCUGUAACUGCUGUUCAUCCGUUAGGAGAUGAUAAUUCUUCUACUGAUCCUGCUAGUUCUCAGUUAGAUGAUGAUGAUGAUGAUGAUGAUAUGAUUCACAGCAGUGAGGAUGUAUACUCUCUGUCGGCAAAAUUCUCAAGCUACACAACAGUCUCUGAUACAGUAUCUUUAGUAGUAUGUAUGGUUGGUCUUCCAGGUCGAGGAAAAUCAUUUAUUUGUAAUCGUAUUUCACGUUAUCUUAACUGGAAAGGAGUACCAUGUCGAGUAUUUAACGCUGGUAGUUAUCGUCGCCAGUUACUUGGUGUGGAUGGUACUACGGAUUCCUGUUUCUAUGACCCAAAUAAUGCUAGGGGUAAACAAUUACGUGAUAAGAUGGCAGAUAUGGCAUGUGAAGACCUUAUGGAUUUUAUUGCAAAUCAACAUGUAGCUGUAGGAUUGUUUGACGCAACAAAUACCACACGAGAACGAAGAAGACAUCUUAUUGAUCUUUUUAGUAAAGCUGCAAAACAGCGUAAAGUGGUUUAUCGCACUAUUUUUAUAGAAUCUAUUUGUACAGAUGAACAAAUUAUUACAGAAAAUAUAUUACGUGCUAAAUGUGGAAAUGAUGACUUUAAAAAUGUAACAGAUACUAGUGAAGUAAUAAAUUCAUUUCGGGCACGUAUAGCGGAGUAUGAAAAAGUUUAUGAACCACUUGAUCCUUCUGAAGAUUUAAGUUUUAUUCGCAUUAUCAACGUAAAACAUCAUGUAAUAUUGCAAAAAAUACCCUGUGGGUUAGCAAGUCGAAUUGCUUUCUUUUUAUUGAAUCUUCAUCCUGUUGCAUAUCCUAUUUAUAUUACACUACCAGGUGAAACUGUUGGGGAUCACAAUCAUAUGUAUGGUGGAGAUGAACGUCUUACUUCGCUUGGAGAAAAAUAUGCAGAAGCUUUAAAAAAUUUUAUUCUUGAACGUUACGUACUUCAUAUGAUUGUACUUCAUGGAACGAACCCUAGUGUGUUAAAUACACUUAGACCUUUAUCGCGUGUUUUAGGGGGUGAUAAUGAUGAUGAAAAUAAUAAAAUGGAUGAGGAGGAACAUGCUAUCCCUGGUUCUAUUAUACGUCAAGAGGAAUUACUCUGUCCACUACCGGGUCUUGAUAGUAUUAAUUAUGGUCAAUUUUCUGGAAGAACAGCAGAGUGGGUGCGAGCCAAAUAUGCACAAUUAUCACGUAUUCUCUACACUAUUUCACCAGGGACGAGUGUGGAUUCAAUGGGAAAUUUUGGAACCUCUUCAUCCUCUCAAAUAAAUCAUAUAGAUGAUGAAACUCACGAAGAAGAAGAAGAAGAAGAAGAAGAAGAAGAAAAGCAAAAACACGGGGAAAAAGCUUUCCAUAGGCAAUAUUUUAAUAAAGGUGAACAAGCUAUCGGACGAUUUCGUCACAUUCCUGAUGGUACAGAUCCUCGUUUGUCGUAUUGUGUUCAAUUCCCUAAUGGUGAGAGUUGUCGUCAGGUGAAUGUGCGUCUGGAACCGGCACUUAUGGCCGUUAUGCGUGUGCAGGGGCCUGUGUUUGUGGUGGCCUCCGCUGUUCCCGCGCAGGGAGUUUUGGCCUUCUUUACAGAUGUCCUGCCAGAGCUAUCGCCUACCUUGCGUUUACCGCGUCAUGCAGUUGUGGAGAUUGGUGUAAAAGGGGAUAUUACAGUUCAUCAACUUGUUGAAUCACCAGAGGAUGAAUUGGUUGCGGAAAUGUAA